AUGGCCGAGGUGGUUGAUCCUCCCAGGGAUUCCAUUGAGCAACUCCGAGAUACCCUCCAAUACCUGUCUCCGCCUCUCCUCCUGGCAGCCUUCAUAUUGGUGGCUGCAGCCCACACGAUUCGAUCAGCCAACGCCAAAACAAGCGAAAAGGGAACGGAAGCGAAAGGCCCAGGUGGCAAACCUCUGCCCGUGAGCAAGAAGCGGACACGCCUAGUCGAAGACCCAGCGCAUGCCCGCAAAACGAACCCGACCGUACAACGGCUUUUCCAAUGGGCUAGUGCCGCCGUAACGGCAGACUUCGUGGCGGUUGGCGGUUCGAUUGGUACACAUGCUAUCGUCGACAGGGCGACAACGGGGGAGCAUGCAUGGUGGUGCGGAGAGCCCAAGAUUGUUUACAUCCUUGGCUCGAGCUUCCUGUGGGUAUACUUCACGCUCUCGCUCUUUGAUUGGGAAAACAGUCCGGUCACGAUACACGCCGUUGUGUGGACCAUUGCCCUAAUCUUGGAAAUUGUGAUUUUUGUCUGUGACUUUUCAGUCCUCAGCGGGCCUCACAAGCUCAUGAUCGACCUGAAGACCAACAAAUACAAGAUCGUGACUGGGCCGGACGGGUACGAUGUCAUCGAUCUCAGCUGUGCUGUCAUCCGUAUCGGGCUUCUCGUGAGCAUGGUUCUUGUUUACACUGGGCUUGAGGUAUAUCACUGGCAGCAUGUCCGUGCAAAACAACGCCGGUUCGACACGAACGAGACGACGCCAUUACUACGCAACGGCAACGGAAACGCCCACCACUACUCCUCCAAUGGCACCGCGGACAUGGGAACGGACGGCGCAUCCUCGCCAAGGAGCCACCAGGUCGUGGACGAGGAGGCCGGCUUCUAUCGUCCAGAGAAGCUCCCAAACACGACCUGGUACGAGUACCUGCGCGGUUACUCCGUCUUCUUUCCAUAUAUGUGGCCGAACAACAAGCCAAGCCUGCAAAUCAUUGUGGUUAUCUGCUUUAUUCUGCUGAUUUUGCUCCGGGUCGUCAAUAUGGCGGUCCCAUGGCAAGUCGGUGUUGUGACAAACGAGCUCUCAAGGCCAUAUGUCAAUCCGGGCGAAGAGUGGAGCAUGCCAUGGCAACCCUUGGGCCUGCUGGUACUGUACCGGUUGCUACAAGGCCCUUCUGGUCUGCUUGGCUCUCUUCGUGCUUUGCUUUGGAUUCCCGUCUCACAACACACUUACCAGGCCUUAAUGACGUCGGCCUUUGAGCACGUCCACUCGCUCAGCUUGGACUUUCACCUGGGCAAGAGAACCGGUGAAGUCCUGUCUGCGCUCAACAAGGGCUCCUCAGUCAACUCCUUUCUCGAGCAAAUCACCUUCCAGGUCUUUCCGAUGCUCAUCGAUCUUGUCGUAGCCAUCAGCUACUUCUACAUCUUCUAUGAUGCCGUCUACGCGGUACUGGUCUCUGCCAUUGUCUUUUAUUAUCUCUACCUCACAAUCCGCAUGGCCUCGAGAACGGCAGAGCAAAGGAGAGCAAUGUCGAACCUUGACCGCGAGGAGGAAGCUGUCAAGAACGACUCCAUCAUAUCCUACGAGACAGUCAAGUACUUCAACGCCGAGGCGUUCGAGUUUAAGCGCUAUCGCGAGGCUGUACAAAACUUCCAGACGGCGGAAGCCAAGGUCACCUGGAGCAUCAGCACGAUGAACAUCUGCCAGUCUAUCGUGUUCAUGACUGGGCUGCUUAUCAUCAUGAUGCUUGGCGCAUACCAAGUUGUCCUAGGACAGCGAAAAGUGGGCGAUUUUGUCACCCUCAUGAUGUAUCUUCAGCAGCUGCAAGGGCCCCUCAACUUCUUCGGCACGUUCUACCGCACAGUCCAGCAGGCCAUGAUAUCCGGAGAACGUCUUCUCGAGCUCUUCAAGCAGCAACCGUCCGUUGUUGACAAGAUUGGCGCCACGAAAAUAGAGUCUUGCGAGGGGCAGGUCGAGUUCAGCAAGGUUGGGUUUGCGUAUGACCCGAGAAAGCCAGCCUUGCAGGACCUUUCCUUCAUCUGCAAGCCCGGCACAACCACAGCGCUGGUCGGAGAGUCCGGGGGCGGCAAGUCGACUCUUUUCCGCCUCAUGUACCGCUACUACAACUGCCAGCACGGCCAGAUCAAGAUCGACGACCACAACGUCAAGGAUGUCACUAUCGAUUCUGUGCGGAGACACAUUGGUGUCGUGCCUCAGGAUACUAUCCUAUUCAACGAUACUCUGAUGUACAACCUCAAGUAUGCCAACCAGGAUGCCACCGACGAGGAGAUAUUCAAGGCUUGCCAGGCGGCCAGCAUCCACGAGCGGAUCAUGAGUUUCCCCGACGGGUAUCACACCAAGGUUGGCGAGCGCGGCCUGCGGCUUAGUGGCGGUGAGAAGCAGCGAGUAGCCAUUGCCCGGACCUUGCUCAAGAAACCCAAGAUCAUCAUGCUGGACGAAGCAACCUCGGCGCUGGACAGCCAGACGGAGCAAGAAAUCCAAUCUCGUCUGGCGAAGAUUGGGCAGGGAAGGACAGUUCUGUUGAUUGCGCAUCGACUGUCGACCAUUACGCAUGCCGAUCAGAUCCUCGUGAUUCACCAAGGCCGCAUCAUUGAGCGAGGCACGCACGAGAGCUUGCUUGCGGAAGGCAAGCAGUAUGCUGACAUGUGGAACCGACAAGUCAAGGCGGAGAGGGCCGCCGACGAGGCGAAAUACAGCUUCCGAAGGCUCGACAAGCUCUCCCGCCGGGCACAUCUGCCGCGGCCCGAAUACCCUACACAGACGGAGACGCCGCCGCCGACUCACGAGGACACGAGCUCGUCUGACGAAUCCUCGUGUCCCAAACCAUUACGAAGUGACGAAAGUAAACCAGCCCAAUAA